UACGCUUCUGGAUAAUCCAAUUCUUUUUUAAAAAAUCUGCUGGACAGAGGAAAAGUAAACCAAAAGGAAAAGAAUACAAUUAAUGAAAGCAAAUCCCAAUUAAUUAAAUUUUCUUGACUCCUAUUAUAAUGUCAUGGCAUUGAAGCCCAGCAAGUUUUUGAGGAGGCAUUCAUUUGAUGCAUUGAAAACAAGGAAACCCAAUUGUGUAAGGAGUGAGAAAGCAGUAAUGGGUAGGGCAGUGAAGUUUGAAGGUAUAAGUGAGGAAUUGCAGAAGAUAAUAGAUGCUGAUAUGGACAAAGUGGAAGCAAGGCGUCGUGCUAGGGAUGCUUUUAAGGAUAUUCAGUUGUCAAUUGAUCAUUGUCUCUUUAAGAUGCCACAUGCUGGAUUGAAGAUGAAGGAGUCUUAUGAGGUUAAUUCUCGAGGACUGGAGAUCUUCUCCAAAAGUUGGCUUCCAGAGACAAGUUCCCCCAAAGCAAUGGUAUACUUCUGUCAUGGUUAUGGUGAUACAUGCACAUUUUUUGUUGAAGGCAUUGCAAGAAAAUUAGCAUCUUCCGGUUAUGGAGUAUUUGCCAUGGAUUAUCCUGGAUUUGGUCUUUCAGAAGGUCUUCAUGGCUAUAUACCAAGUUUUGACAAGUUAGUCGAUGAUGUCAUUGAGCAUUACUCGAAGGCGAAAGAAAAUCCAGAGAUAUGUAACCUACCAAGCUUCCUAUUUGGGCAAUCAAUGGGUGGAGCAGUAGCUCUGAAGGUGCACAUGAAGCAACCUGAUGCAUGGAAUGGCGCUGUUCUUCUUGCACCGAUGUGCAAAAUUGCAGAUGACAUGGUACCACCAUGGUUAGUUACACAAAUUCUAGUGGGCAUAGCAAAAUUUCUUCCAAAGCAAAAGCUAGUUCCGCAGCAGGAUCUAGCAGAGUUAGCAUUCAGAGAUGUGAAGAAGAGAGAACAGGCUGCUUACAAUGUUAUUGCUUACAAGCACAAACCCCGCCUACAAACUGCGGUGGAGUUACUGAAUACCACCCAAGAGAUAGAGAAACAACUAAUUAAGGUCUCUCUGCCAUUGCUAAUAUUGCAUGGAGAGAAUGAUAAAGUGACUGAUCCAUCCAUCAGCAAAACAUUGUACGAGAAGGCAAGUAGUUCGGACAAAAAACUGAUCCUUUAUAAGGAUGCUUAUCAUUCUUUGCUCGAGGGUGAGCCCGAUGAGAUGAUACUUCGAGUUCUUGGUGACAUAAUAUCUUGGUUGGAUGAGCAUACUUCUUAGUAAAAAGUUCUCAAAUUUUAUUUUAAUUUUUUAAUUUUUUGUUCUGCCCAUUUUUUUCAUGGUUUAGGGAGACAAGGGGCAGAGCUGAAGUAAGAAAUUAAAAUCUACCCUAUAAGAUUUACAUGGUAGCGUGAUGUCCUUCCUGCCCCUCUAUUUAUUUAUUUUCAACUUUUUAUUUUGUAAAGAACAAAUAUUGAAUAUUUGAAUGUUCUUAUAGAAAAUAAAAAGC